CAGAAGGGCGGGGUUCGCAUGCGCAGAGUGGAUUUGGCGUCGUUGUCGAGGGAGACGGGUGGCGCAUUCUGUGUCACCGGGACACCAUGGGCUGUGAUGGAGGUACCAUCCCCAAGCGACAUGAGUUGGUGAAAGGGCCCAAGAAGGUGGAGCAGGUUGACAAAAAUGCCGCAUUAGUUGCCCGCUGGAAUUACUGUGCGAUCAGUCAGAGACCGCUGAGGAAACCCAUAGUGGCUUGUGAGCUUGGCAGACUGUACAACAAAGAUGCUGUCAUUGAAUAUUUAUUGGACACAUCUCCAGAGAAAUGCAUUAUAGAGACUGCGACACACAUUAAGAACCUUAAGGAUGUGAAGGAGCUAAAUCUGACAGACAAUCCAGCCUGGAGAGGUGACAAGGCAAACGCAAAAGGUGACAAGUAUGAAGACUUACAAGGUGCUGCUUUCAUCUGUCCUGUAGUUGGUUUGGAAAUGAAUGGUCGACAGAAAUUUUGUUACCUCCGUGACUGUGGCUGUGUCUUUUCGGAGCGUGCUAUGAAAGAGAUAAAGACUGAAGUUUGUCAUAAGUGUGGGAAACCUUUCAAAGAAGAUGAUGUGAUUAUACUGAAUGGGAGCAAAGAAGAAAUUGCAGAUCUCCGAAGGAAAAUGGAAGAAAGAAAACUCAAAGCCAAAUUAUUGAAGAAAGCAAAGAAGUCCAAGGCAAUAGAAUCUUUUUCAAAAUCUGCACUUACUGAAGAAAUUGCGGGGUCAUCCAUCCAGAAACCCAAAGAAACUAAAGUAGCCAUUGAUACGAUGCUGAAUGGAUUUUCGAGUUCUUCAAGUGCAGCAAAUGCACAGCCAUCAUCAUCAUCCACAUCCACUGCAGCUGGGAGAGCUGGUAAACCUGGUAAAGCUGCUUCUGGCGUCACCAAACGACCUCUUACAGAAACUGGAGAGAAGUCUGAGGCUUACAAAUCCAUCUUCACAUCCCAUAGCUCAGCCAAGCGCUUAAGGGAGGAAAAACCCAACUGGAUUACGCAUACAGCUUACUACUACUGAGAUGGCUAACAACGCUUUGAAAAUUUUCCUGACUUUCCUGAUAACAAAUUGAUGGGAUUAGCUUUAUUGUCAUUAGAUGCUGCCUUCGUAAAAGGAGCAGUUAAUUCUACAGCUGAAUUAUUUUUUGUGCUUGUCCUUUGUUUAACUUUAUUCCAGUGAUUGAAAGUCUGCAGAAUCCAUAUGCUAAGAAUGUACCUUGAAGGGUGCAAGUGCUUUCUGGCAACAUAAAUCUAGAUGGCUAGGAUCCAGCGUGCAAAUGAAAUAACUUUGUUCAAAUAUCUGAUGGCAUUUCUAACCGGCAAAUUAAAAUGUUCACCAAAUUUCUUUUUGAGCAUCAUAUUUUGUACUCUACUGUGAGCACUAGUCACUCAGCAAGAAACCACUUACAGCCAUUACUUUUUCAAAAUCUUUCAGUUGUCAUGGAGAUUAUUGUAAAUAUCCAAGGUGAUUAGAACUGAAUGGUAGAGGAAAACUGCUAAUUUUUCUAUAGUUCAUUACUGUGUCUCUCUUGGCCCAACAUCUAACGAAUUACUGUGAAAUACAACAAUUUUGGGCUGAUAGUUCACCAAGGUCCUCCGAGCUAUAUUCUGACAAGUAGCCACUUGGUCUUUUAUUGGUAGAGUUGUUUGAAGGAGGUAUCUUGACUAGGGCAUCACAAACACUUAUGUACCUUCUGUUCAAAUAAUUUAAGCCUCUAUGACCUUUAUAAGGAGAGGCUGGAUAGACUGGUACACAGUCCCCUAUUCUUCAGGGGAAAACAAGGGGUGACCUUAGAGGUUAAUAAAAUCUGAGAGACAUAGAUAAGGUGAUUAGCCAACAACAUUUCCUCGUGAUAGGGGAGUCUGAAACUAGAGGGCAUAGAUUUAGGAUGGAAGGGGAGAAAGAAGGUCCAGAGGAGUACUUUUUCCUCACAGAGGGUGGGGGGUGUCUGAAACGGGCUGCCAGAUGUAGUGGUGGAGGCAAGAACAAUUUUGUCAUUUAAGUAACAUUUGUACUGGUACUUGGAUGGAAUAGGCUUGGAGGGAUAUGGAUCAAAUACAGGUAAGUGGGAGGAGUUAAAUUGUGAAAACUGGUGGCAUAGGCCAGUCCCAGUCAGGCCAAAGGGCCUGUUUCCUUGCUGCAAACCUAUAUGAUUCUAAUCUUACAGGAUUCUUAAUAUCUACUGAACAUAUCCUUGAUUUAAAAAUUAAUCUGAAGAAUAUGUUAAGGCACUGAUGCAUGAUAUUGUUGGUGAUAAGAUUUAAUUUCCAGACCAGCUGGUGUGUCACAAGGUAGCAUUAAAUAAAGAUCGAAUGUCACCGAUGGAAGACAGAAAUAAAACUGAAUGGAAAGAUUCUAUUGAUCUGCCUUAUCUUCUAUAUGGUUGCUCUAAAGUGGUCAGUGAGUUUAGACCUACUGCUGUUAUAGAUUCUGUUGAUCUUAUAGAUAAAUUAUUCAAAAAGCAUGA